AUGGGCGCAAGUGUUUCGUGGCUGUCGGGGAUGCUAUUUUCGAAGAAAGAGAUCCGGAUAUUGAUUUUGGGACUGGAUAACGCUGGAAAGACUACAUUACUAUAUAGGUUGAAGGUUAGUGGCUACAGACCUUUGGCACUACAGGAGGGGCUUUAUGCUAACGGGAAACCGCAGAUUGGGGAAGUGGUAACUACAAUACCGACUAUUGGUUUCAAUGUGGAAUCAGUGACGUACAAAAAUCUAAAUUUCAACGUUUGGGAUCUUGGAGGACAAACGUCAAUUAGACCCUAUUGGCGCUGCUACUACGCUAAUACGGCUGCGGUAAUAUUCGUUAUCGAUUCUACAGACAUUGAUCGAUUAGGCACUGCAUCAGAAGAAUUGGCAGCAAUGUUGAAUGAGGACGAGUUGAAAGAUGCUGCACUACUAGUAUUUGCGAAUAAACAAGAUCAACCGGGAGCGAAAGGUGCUGGUGAGAUUUCCGAGGCUUUAAGACUAGGAGAGUUAAGGGAUAGGAAUUGGAGUAUAGUGGCAUGUAGUGCCGUAGAUGGCAGUGGUGUGGAUGAGGGGAUGGAUUGGCUUGUUCAAACUGUACAACAAGAGUCGUAA